UAAUUGGCAACUUCGGCAGAUACAAAGAGGGUACAGUAUUUCACUGUUGAUUUUUUUCCCCUCAUGGGAAGUUCAAACAGAUGCAUUCGUGUCAAAGGAGACAAACAAGUCAUCCCGACGGAUAUAGCUAAAUCUGUAGAGUUAGACACGGGAAUGGACGACCAUGGAUCUCAGGGUACCCCGCGUCCGCUACCUCCUGCUGCCAGAAGAUCGACAAAAGGAAAAGCUCCUCCCCCACCUGCAGCCAAGGGCCUGGACGGCCAGAGACUGUCCCUGAGACUUCUGGGAAGCCCGCUCUCCACCAUGGACCAGAAAGAGAACCUCAUCGACAAGGACCUGAACCUGACCGUGGUUCUGCCCGGAGGGGUGGAGACACCGGCCACGGUGCCCGGGAGCAAGCCCAUGAUGGACCUGUUAGUCAUGCUGUGUGCAAAAUACCACCUGAACCCUUCCGGCCACACCAUCGAGCUCAUCUCCACAAACAGAAACCACAUCAAGUUCAAGCCCAACGCUUUGAUAGGAACCUUGGAGGCCGAGAGGAUCCUACUCAAACCCAAGGGUGUGGAUGAAAAGAGCAAGAAGGCAGGGCCGCAAAUGCCAGAGGCUACCGUCCGCCUCGUCAUAAACUACAAAAAAACACAGAAGACGAUUCUAAGAGUCAACCCUCGAGUUCCCCUUGAAGAUCUCAUGCCUGCAGUUUGUGAAAAAUGUGAAUUUGACCAAAAGACCUCUGUUUUAUUGCGAGAUGUCCUGUCAGAAGAGCCUCUGGACUUGACCAAAUCCCUCAAUGACUUUGUCUUGAGAGAGGUCUAUGCAAUGGACACUAAAAGUGUUAACUCAGACAUACCGUCCUCGCCAAUAGAGAGAGGAGAUAGAAGUCCAUCAUACAAAAGCAGAUCUUUCAAGGAGAAAGAAAACAAAGGAUUGUUCAGCUUGUUUCGUAGAAGUAGUAAGAAGAAGUCAGACCAGGCGGUGGCCAUGAGUGCGCCUACGUCCCCGGUCCUGAGCAAGCCGAGGCCGGUUAGCAUGCCGCUGCUCGGCACCAGCGCGUCCGUGUACAGCUCCAGCGCCACGCUCUCCGACGUGCCAAAGAAGAGACGGGCACCCCUGCCCCCCACCAUGGUGUCGCCGAGCUCCCCGUCCAGCCUCAGUGACUCCCCGACCGACGCCUUCUCUGAAGGAGACCGGGAAGUUUCUGGGAUCCGUCGAGGGUCCUCUUCGGAGUCUUCGCUGAAGAGGACCAAGAGGAAGGCUCCGCCGCCCCCUUCCUCACCUUCUGCCAUGGCCAAGCCAGACGAGGCUCUGGAGGACGGGAGUGUUAAAGCCGGAUCGGCACCCCACAGUCCCCUGGAGGAGAUCCGCGAGCAGGAAGAGAUGGCGGUCACCGCCACCCCCGACCCCGACGCCGCAGCCGACGUCCGGACGGGCGACGGGAGCCCCGACGCCUCUGCCGACGUCCCGAUGGAUUCUGGGAAAACGGAGCCGGAGCUGCCCCCGCCUCCCACGGACGAGGAGCUGGCGGUGGCGAGCUCUCCGCUGGCGCUGGAUGGCACGGGGGAAGAUCAGUCGAAUGAUCUGUCCUCAGAUGGCAAACCAGCAAAGGACCCUGCGAGUGAUCAGGAAUGCACUGAACAAACUCCGAACACUGUGGAAACCCCUGAACUGGAACACAGAGAUUCUGCAGGGACAGAUACUGCAGGCACUGAUUUAAGCCCACCAGCUGAAGCGGAGCAGACGGUCUUGUUGGUAGAGGGUGCUUCAGUGCUGGGUGAUGUUAAGGAGAAGAGCGACUCUGGAACGUGCAUGGCUCCGAGCAUGCCCGAAUUCCCCGCUCCCCCCCCUGUUCUCCCCGCUCCUCCCGCCCCCUGGCCCCAGACCCGGGACGCCGAGACGCUGACCUCCGACGAGCCGAACGGCGGGGCUCCUCUGGAGCGCGCGGAGAUAGCGGAAGCGCCGGCGGCCGUCGCCGCGGUAUCCCCCGCGGCCUCCCCGCCGAUAGCAGCAUCGCCGACCCCGCCUGUCGUCCAGCUGCCCCCGGCGUCCCCCUCCGAAGCGGCCCGGCCGAAGAGGGACAUGGCCACGUCCACGGAGGAGCUCCCCCAGGGCGAGGCUCCUCCCACGUCACCUCAGGAGCCCAAGAGCUCGCCCAUAUACCUCCUGGACUACGCCCCCAAACCCAAGCCGUCCAACGAGCUCACGAGAGAAUACAUCCCCAAGGUGGGGCUCACCACCUACACCAUCGUGCCCCAGAAGUCCCUGGAGAAGCUCCGUUUCUUCGAGGUGGAGCUGACGCUGGAGCCCCCGGGCUCGGCCCCGGGACAGAUGGUCGCCGUGGGGACCCAGCGCUGUCUCGCAGGGGUCCCCGCUGAGCAGCUGGAGCUGCGGAGCCCCACGCUCGUGAUGGGGGCUCCGCUGAGCAACGGGAGGUUCGCCGGCGUCCACGGCUUCCACGGAAACUCGCCUCCCGCUCAGUCGCCUCCCGCUCAGUCGCCUCCCGCGCCUGCCGACGCCAAGCCGCCGUCCCUGCGCCGCAUGGGCACCUGGGCGGCUCCCGGGCCCAAGAAAACUCCGCCCCCGACCAAGCCCAAGCCGGGAUCUUUCCGCUUGUCGCUGCACAAGAGGACCCCCGGAUACGUGACGUCAGCGGCCGUGAAGAGCGCGAACGCCAUUCUCGCCAGCGGGCGGACCGAGGCGCCGGGGAGGCCAGACGCGGGACAGCCUGCGGAGGAGGAAAGCUUCCCACCUCCCCCUCCCCCUGAGCUCUGGGCAGCAGGGGUAGAAACCAGUCAGGAUGAGCCAAAGCCUCGGGAAGAGAACGCAGUGGACGGCCCUGCUGCCAAUCUCGCAAGUCCUGCCCCCAGGCCCAUUGACUCCGCCCCCAAUGUCAAUGUCCCUGGCCCUGCCCCUGGGCCUGUUGACUCCGCCCCCAAUGUCAAUGUCCCUGCCCCUGGGCCUGUUGACUCUGCCCCUGAUGUCAAUGUCCUUGCCCCUGCCACUAUGCCUGUUGUCCCCGCCACUAAUGUCAAUGUCCUUGCCCCUGCCCCAAGGCCUGUUGACCUCGUCCCCAAUGCCACUGUUUCUCCGCCCAGGGCGUCAGGCUCCGCCCCCAGGCUCACUCGCCAAUAUAGUCUGCCAGCCAGGGACCCGACAGUGGGGCUGAGUCUGGAGAGGAUGAGGGGCUUGAUGGCCCCCAAGCCGUACGCGCCCACCUCCCAGUCCCGCUUCGCCAGGGCUGUGUCCACUGCCAUCAAGAGGUCCCAGUCCUUUACUAAACCCUCCAGUGCCGACCCACAGCCAGCCAACCAGAACUCGAUCAAAGAAGUGGCGGAACCUUCCAGAAGUCCGGAGAAGGAGGUGCGGGAGAGAGAGGAGGGCAAGACGCCGGAGCCCCAGCCAGGGGAGCGGCCCGACGGCGGGACAGGUGGCGCCGUGUCCUCGGAGAUGCCCGCCGGAGGAGAGACCAAUUCGCCAGCGGCAGUGGGCAAACACCCUGGCUGCAAUCUCUGA